CGAAUCAAUAUGAUUACUAACGCUAAUUUGAUGUUGAUGGUGGUCUUGCUUGUUGGUACCUUACCAGUGGCAAGUCCUAAACUUCAACCCAACAUGGUGAAAAGGUUUUGGGGAAACAAUGAUUGUGAUAAGUACAUUCUGCCAAUACAUACGAUGUGGAUACCAAGAGAGAGCUGCGAGCAAAAUAAGAGAUUCAAGUGCCAAUCCGGAUAUAUACCAGAAGUUCAGACCAUAUGUAAAAAAGGAGCAUGGUAUUUGGAACCAACCUGUCAAGCUGUAGAGUGUCCACAAGGUGUGAAUAUCACUAACUCUGAUAAUGUAACAGAAUCCAGAAUAUUUGAUGAAAUUUUUACUUUUGACUGUUCUGUUGGCUACACUAAGAUUGGUAAGACGGGUAUUCUGAGGUGUGGUGAAAAUGGUACUUGGACAGAACAGCAAGCUUGUCAAGUUGUAGAGUGUCCACAAGGUGUGAAUAUCACUAACUCGGAUACUGUAACAGAAUCAAGAAUAUUUGAUCAAGCUUUUACUUUCAACUGUUCAAAUAUCAUAAAUGGUCUGACGGGAGCUCAGAGAUGUGGUGAAGAUGGUAAAUGGAUAGAAGAGCAAGCUUGUCCAGCAGAGUUAUACCCAGCAAAGUUUAUAACAAUUGUUAGUUAUGGUCAGGCUCUAUCAACCAAUUGUACUGAAGCUUGUCUUAACGAUACCCGGUGUAGCUUUGCUGGACCAGUCACUUCAAGCAAAUGCAAUCUCUUUGAAGAACCCAUUUUCUUUAUCGGUUUUGCUCAAACUCUUUCCGAUUGCUUCCAGUUAUGUAAAAAAGACAUAAGAUGUUUGACAUUAUCUUACCAAUUUUUCAAUUGCAACUUAUUCAGUGUCAACUACACCACGGUAGAAACUGAAUAUCCAAUUACAGACAGUGAUGAGGGAAUCCUUGUAUCUGGCUUUUAAUAACCUCUGACGUCAUCAUAAUAAGAUCACGUGGACCGAACAUAUUUGAUUAAAAAUAGAAGUUUAA